AUGGGAUACAAGGAGGAGAUGACAGCCUUUGCCGGGCGGCUGGGUGUUCGGACACUCGGCGAACUCUCCCUAAAGGAGCUUGCUGAGCGUAUCGACAGCAAGCCAGAGCCGACCACGCCGAGAACACGGCUCUACGCCUUCAUGACAUGGCUCAGCGACCAUCUCCUGGAAGUCAAAAGCUCUGACGAGGAAUCGUUCAGUCGCGAAAUUGCAACAUGGUGCUUGUUUGUCAAUAAAGCCGGAUAUGACAGUGGCAAUGUGGUCGGAACCUUCGAAGAGUGGCUCUUUGAACACCGCCAGGUUGAGCCGUUUAGUGCUAAACGGCUCAAUAUGGCUGAGCGUGAGGUCAAGAAGUUUUACAGUCUUCCUACAGCGGCGCACCAUCGGUUCGUCUCAGCAGGCGAACAUUAUCAGCCGUCGCCUCCACCGGAGAAGACUUUCCAGCAGUUCCCCUCAGUCAAUGAGGCGUCCGAAGCGCAGCCUAUCGAUGGCUUUGGACAGAUCCACCCCGAUCGCCUCAAGCUGUCCAGGUACAGUGACAGUAACCCUGAGAAAGGCGAAGUCAUCGAUCUAGAUGACUGGCAACGUCCCGUCGUUGACAUCAGCUCCGAUGAGGAUGCAGAUUCCAAAGCAAAGAAUAAUUUGUCUUUCCUCACCGGAGCAAACCGAAUGGUCUUUGGCGACGAUGAGACCAACUUGACCACUGACCUUCAGGAAAAGAUGAAAAAAAAGAAGAGAAGCAAGACACAGACGAUGCAGUCAGGGCCAACUUCAGUUCAAACCAAAAGGAAGAACAAGAACCCCUGCGGUCGUUGCGGUGUCCCUGGACAUUACCAUACGCAAUGCCCAACCAACCUCGAUCCGUUGUUUGACAAGAGUCCGCCCAACGAAUACAAAUGUAACUUUUGUAACAGAUAUGGUGACCACUAUGCGACAGUCUGUAAGAGAAAUAUGAACCCUACAUCGCUCACUCAGCAGAGAAAGCGAUAUGCCGAACAAAGACGUCAAUUCCACCCCAGAAGAAGUCGGAGUAGCUCGCCCCUGAGGGAGCCGAAAGACAAACGCCACUUUGGAAGGGAACGAUCACCACACAGGGAGCCCAAAGAUAGACAUCACUACAAUAGGGAGAGUUCGCCCUAUAGGGAGUCAGAGACCAAAUAUCACGUCGAUAGGGAUAGGUCGAGAGAGAGGAGGAGGUCUCGGGAGAGAUACAGAAGAAGGCGUAGCAGAUCCAGAUCCAGAUCUCAUUCUCCUCCCCGGCAGGCUCUACGAAGAAGAGAUAACCACCGGGCCAACAGGGAGUAUCGGUUGAAACACUCGUCUCCCGAACCGAGCUUUCGGGAACCAGAGCUAUCUUCUCUGCCUCAGUUUGGGGCCCUAGACUACGAUGAUGCGUUCGAACAUAUGCACGAUGCGCCCUACCAGCCUUUGAUUUCACGACCCGCGGAUGUUAAAAUUCGAGGGCGAGGAAGUUCUUUCUACUACGAUGACAACGCAGAGGGAUCUAUCCCCGCUUCUGCCUACGGAAAUGAGGACCUGAUGUCCCGCAUGAGGCGCCGGUCACAAGAGCCGGCGCCUCAUCAGGACGAUCACGUUGAUCGUCUAACUUUGGACAAGGGAUUCCUUCUCACCGAACUGACAGAUUUGAUUGCCAGCACCACCGUCUCGCCUCUGGCACGAGCUCCCAUGAAGAAUAGGCUGCCAGAAGUGUUCAAAAAUGACUUGCGGCAGUCUUCUGGAUCUUGGGUGAUCGAGCCGACCAUUAACACUACUUGGGUCAAGCCGGAACCAGUCCCGGAUGUUGUACGGGAGCCCUCACCUCCUGUGGAGCUGGGUGUUACGGAGAAGAGACUUGACGGUCAUCGUAGUACUCAGUAUCAUCCGGCCGUCUUGGAGCUGUUCAAGAACCGGAAGAAUGUCUGGCUUCACAAGGUUGAAAAGGCCACGCGCGCCCAAGCAUCGAGUUUCUUCUGGGACAAAGACCCAGAGGAGGACGAUAUGGAUGUUUCAGCUGAUCCUGAUGCUGAUGCUGGCCUUGAAUCGGCCAGGGACACAGCCAUGACGGAAGCCGAGCCCGUUGCUCCGGCCGUCACUGAUGCCGACAUUGUCGCUAUAGUCAACAGUGAGGCCGAGCCUCUUGCCAUGUUGACUGAUACCCCCCAGCGUGCUAAUUCCACGCCGGCUAUCGAUGUCGUGAUGGAGAAUCAUAUGACAAUGCAGAUUCUCUAUCGCGAUGAAGACGAAGUCAGAACUCAUCAACCCGGCGGAGACGGUCGGGUUGGCUUCAAGCCAGCUGUCGAUGUUGUUAUGGAGGAUGCUGAGCCUCUUGACGUCUCUGCGGUUGUUGACGUCCCCGAAGCGGUUGACGUCUCUGCAAUUGUCGAUAAGAUCAUCGCUGAUAUUGAACUCUCUGAAGCGGCAAAAACUGCUUCUGAACCGGUUGAGAACGAGUCUCCUUCUGUUCAGUUCACGACGAGCUCGGAGACCCUCAAUGCGCCGAAGACAGUUAAUCACGCUUUGGUUGAGAGCGCUGAUAUCGUCCGCGAAGUCGAGCCUGAGCAUGCGACCACAACAGAUGACAAUGACCAUGACAAUGGCACGCUCAAAGAGGGUACGCAAGAUGUCGGUGACGGUGUCAGCUCUGACACGGUCAUCAAAGACGUGAUCUACGUCAAAACAGACCCCGAACCCGCCGAGACCGAGCCUUCUCAGCCUGAAGAGCAGGCGGACAUCACAGUCCUCGAUGGGUCGCAGGCGCAGUAGUGUCUGCACUGGACCCCAGGGCCGUCUGUCGACAAGCUGAUAACAUGUGCCAGGGGCUGCUCUGGUUCAGGGCGUCAAAUGCCUCUGGGGGUCUCGAUUUUGAAUUCGAUACAGACUUUGAGAGAGCGAACAGUUAUUUCGAAUUGCACAUCCCCUUCAUUGCAUAUCCAGCUCAACGGACGUCUAUCCAUGGCCGAGUUUAGUUUCAUAUUAACAUCACUCUGCAAUUUCUUUGGAGGCUUGGACAG